UAGAACUUCAGAAACGACAACUGAAAGAAAUAGAAGAAAAGUUUUUGUUCCUUUUUUUGUUUUUCUCUCUAGCAUUCAUUCUGUGGCCUUGAUGACUCCAGUGAGCCAAGACAUCGGGAUCGAAAAAGAGCUUGUGGAGUGAACGCAUAAGAGUUACUGCAGCUCAGCCCCCUCAUCCAAAGACAAAGCCCUUCAAAGUCAACCCCUUCAAGCAGUGAAUGAAUGUUGACUGGACACAGCUUUAAACUGAUGAAUUUUGUUCAUGAAACUGUACAUGCCACUUUUCAAACUGUAAGAUGGAAAUUGCAAGUGGGGAUUUUAUAUUGAUAAGCAACGUUUUUACACCAGACUACAUCACAUUUCAGAUAAGGAUACACCCUUCAUAAACAUGAAAAAACAAAACAAUGGACUGAAUAAAGAAAAAUUAAGUGCAAUUACAAGGGAUGAAGGGAAUGAGCAAUGGUCUACCAAGAGAAGUCCCGGCAUUGGUCUCCAUCUGCAUGCUUCUGACCAAUGUGCUUUGCAGUUUUACUACUGGACACAAACUCUCUGAAAUCUGUAUAUAUUUAUCAAUAGCUAGCUAAAUGUUAACACUGAAGUCUAGAGAAAUUAUUUGAAGAGGACUCCAGGAAUCAAAAAUGAAAUUCACAUUUCACACCCCCCAGUUAGCAAAUUUUCAGUCAUGCAGGUGCCUCUGGACUUAGUUCCUGGAAAGCCAAGCCAAGACUCUGGUAGAAACAGAGAGGUUGGUAAGCAGGUUGGUCUUUGCUGCUUUCAGGAGCAGCCAGCCACAGAGAAAGACCUUGGACCCCCUGGCCUUCAUAAAUGUUGUCAAUCAGAGUUUGUCAUGACUAUGCAAGGGCUAUGUCAGUGAUUCGAGGGGAAGUCUCUUCAGAGCCAGGGAAAAUGUCCAAGAAGGCAUCACUGGAGCAUUGGACUAGAGGAGGUGGAAAGGAGACAAUUUAUAAAAAUGUUCUAUUACAUUUAUGCCUCCCUCAGGACUCAAGUCAGAUUUGAAGGGGGGAGGGUGGAGAGUUGCAUCAGAGGUUGAGUUACAGAAUAAAAUGGUCAGGUGAGGAGAUGUGGCAAAGAAUUAAAUAUUUAACUAAAUGUUUAUGAGAAAAAGAUAGCUUUUUGGCUGCAGUGCAAUUCAUUCUAUCAUAAUUAAACUCAAAUCAAUAAAACAUCUAUUAAUCAAGACAACGGAUAUACAAGCAUGAAAAAUGAAACCAUUCCUGUCUUCAAGGAGCUUACAGUCCGAUAGUGUGGAUAUAUGUACAUGGUGUCAAAUGUAGAAAGAGAAGAGAUGAAGGCCAAGGACAGAACUUUAAAGAACAGAUUUAGAGGUUAAGAGGGAGCAUAUUAUAAAUAUCUCAAAAUUAAGCCUCAUGUUGCUCAUUGAAGGCUAGAAAGUAGCCUCAAGAGAUACUGUGAAUGCAUUUGGAUGUCUUAAAGUAGUUGAAAGCUUCAGAAGAAGAAUUGUGUUGUGGAUGAAUAUGAGAAGGUAGAAAAAGACAAGUGCAGGAAAGCAUUCUCAGAGAAUAUUUUUCUUCUAGCACUACUGGUGAGGGUAGGAAAGGCAGUGAUAGCAAAGGAAACACAUGAGACAAUGGGAAACAUUUUCCAAGUGAAGAGUUAGUAAAGUCAGAUGUUAGGAGGUUCAGGGAACAGUCUCUGAUGGGGAUCAACCACAUUUUGAACCUUGGCCCUAUUUUGUGUGAUAUUGGGCACCUUGCUUCACCUUUCUGGGCUUCAGCUUCCUCUUCUAUAAAAUGCUGGUGGUGGAAGAACUCGAGAUGAUCUCCACAAUCCUUUAAAUGCUCGAGGGGAAAAAGAAAAAGCUCAAGGCAAAACUAGUGAUGUUGGAAGGUUUGUGAUCAUAAGGGAGAAAGCAAUACAGAAAUCUUCAAAGGUAAAGAAUGUGACCUCAUAUGAAAAACAACUUUAUGGAAGAUGACAGGAGGUCAAUAUUUGUACCGUAAAGAGUCAAGGAAAGAAAAACCCAACGAUUAUUGAAAACUUAUAAUUAAGCCUCACAGAAGCAUCAACAGUAUCCAGAUGGGAGAGGGUUGAAACAGGACUAGGCAAUGAAAUACUUCAGUGGUUUCUAAGUAAAUGUUUAUAAAUGAAACUAGGGGUCAUACAUAUACACAUACAAACACACACACAAAUCUCAACAUAAGUGCACUUUUUAAUCACAGAUCUCAGUAGGGACACUGGGGGAAACCAAUGCCUUUGUUGGAAAAUCAAGCCCAUGAAGCCUGAAGAAAAUACUGGGAAAAGCAGUGAGUGAAAAUAAACUUUGACUGCAGAGAAGCUGGGGUAUCAAAAGGACUUUUUAUUGAUUCAAACUCUGUCAGUAAACCUUAGGGGAGAAAAAAAGCACAAUUAUUGUACACAGAAACUGAUUUUCUCUAAUAUCUCAACACCAAAUAUGCACUUUCAGUGUGCAUGAUGACUUCCUGGGGGAAAAAGGCAGAAAACAGGAAGCAGUCAACAAAGAGUCAACAAAGAACUAACUGAGAGUUUGGAGACGAUACCAAGCAGUCUUUAAGGGGAAAAUGUUGGGAGUGCCCUGGAUAUUGUACUGAAUUUGGACCCAAGAAUUCUUUCUGGGAUGGAUGCUUCAGCUCACGGAGGGAAGGAAAGAAAGUUCCAUUAUCAUGUCAAAGUGCCAACUGAAGACAAAUUUGACAGUAUGAAUCUUAAUGUUAAAAUUGACACUUCCUGGGUCUUCGAGGAUGCAGAAGAUGCUGAUGAUGCAUAUGGUGGUCUUUCUGAAGAAGGAGCAAAGAGCAGUGAAGAAGAUGCUGGAAAUCUUAGAAAACAGCUAGAAACAUCAGAGCAAAGGCUCAGAACAGCUGUUGAGAAGCAUGUGAGGUCAGAGUCUCAGCUUAGAAACAGGAUUGAAGAGUUGGAGCUGUCAGAGCAGAAGCUUCUCCAAAGGGUUGAUCGGCUGAAUGCCCAAGUGUACCAUGAAGAAAAUGCCUAUCUUCAAGCUAAAGAGAAACUGGAGGAGAUUCAGGAAGAACUGACAGAUCUGGUUGAAGAAACUGAAAGAGCUCAGAGGGUACAAAGAGAAAAACUUCAGCAGUUUCAGGACCAGUUGCGCAGGAAAGAUGAAGAACUGCAGAGCCUGCUUGCAUCCUUUGAGCAUUAUAAGCAGCACCAAAGGCAACAAAUGGCCAUGGUGAGAGAGCGGGAAGGCUUCCUCAAGGGCCAGGUGCUUCGACUGGAGGAGGAAGCCCAGCACCUGCGCGAGGCCACAGCUUCCUUGAUGACUAAGCUUGAAGCAGGGGGAAACCAAGACUUGGAUUCCCAGGUAGAGGUCCCGUUGGAAAAGAGCAGAUCAGAGCCUUGGAGCACUGGGGAAGAUCUGGCUGAGCUCCGGGCUUUCUUAGAAGUGGGUGAGCUUCAGGCUCGGAGACAAGUGGCCGCUCUGCAGCAAAGCCUGACGGCACUGCUUGCUAAAGAGGAGAGCAACAACCGAGAGAAGGAGGAAAUCCUGCGUCAGCUCCAGGAGCACCGGGACACAGUGCUCCACCUGCUCGUGAACAAGAUGGAGGAUUCCCGAGGUCAGGGGUCAGAGCGGCCAAGGGAGGAGCUCAAAGAGCAAAAUACCAGCCUGCAAGAUGAGCUAGGAGCCAAGGUAUUAAAUGAGGCCAAGCAUGGCACCCCUCCCAAGGACAGUGCCAGCUUGGAAGCUCAAGACUUGACUAAAACCAAAGACUUUGAACUUCUGUUCUCUACAGCAUCACAGGCACAGAGCAAGCCCUCAUUUGUUCAGGAUGAAUUACUACCCCUCAAGUGGGAGGCAGCUCUUGAUCCCAGUAGAAGCAAAGCCUGUCAAACGUCAUUUGUCCCCGAAAAUGCCAAGGGAUCUGGUGCUGCUACAGGGCUGCCAGCUGAGCAAGACUGUGAUUGGGGCUCAUUUAGAGGCAUGAAAGGAUCACCAGCCUUGCCUCCCACCUUGGACAACUUGGAUGAACUUGAAGAAAUCAGGAUAUCUGACAGUGAACAGAGGAGCUCAGGGCUGUUCGCAUGUGCCCACUCAGAUCCACAGACAGUCCUUUUCUUUUUUUGUGGACCUUCUUCAGGCCAGCUUAAUGAUGAUCAUUUGUUCCCUUUUGACCAACUCAGCUUUUCAAGAGCAACUCCAGAGCUACAAAAUAAAGAGUCAUUUCCUCUCUUGGAGAAGUCCAUAAUUCCUUUGUUAAUGCCCAUGGUUGUCCCUCCUGCUCCUGGAAGUCCUACUGUUCUAGAAGAUUCUUUCCAAGAAGAACUUCCUCAGAGCCAUGUGACUCAUGGGCUCCAAUCCAUGCAUGUCCCCCAAGUCCCCAUGGAGCCAUGUUGGAAUACUAAUGAGACCCAGAACAGUAUUGAUAAUUCACAAUCUCUUUUGAGAAAUGGUAUUUCUGGAAAAGACACAGAAAUGCCUUCAAAGACUCUUGGCCAAAGAGUAGGAGCUAUAGAACUUGAAUUAGAAGAAAAGCGAGAAAAAUGGUUAAAGAGCCAGGAUAUAUUUCCACAAAAUGGAGCAAACAAAAAGGAAAUCUUAGAGUGGGACUUCAGUGAUGCAAGUAUUCUAACUAAUGAGGCAAAAUGUUCAAAACAUGAUGAAUCUUGUGAAAAUGAAAUAUUGGCUACAGACAUAGGGAACAGCAGAUAUUUUCUUAAAAUUAAUGAACUAGAGAAAGAAGUAGAGAAGCAUUUCCAAGAAAUCUUUGCUUUGGAGGAAGAAAAUGAGAGUUAUCGACAGAAAAUGAAGCAGUUAGAAGAAGAAAACUGGAGGUACUCCCAACAGUUGCAAUCCUUAGAGGUGGAGGUGAACGUUGAUACUCAUACAGCCUCAGCAGCUGCAGAUGGUGGGACAGAUGUUGAUUCCUCAGAAAUAUUAGAAGGAAGAGCUGAGAAGGAUGUUGUUGAGAGUAUUAAACUUAAAAAGGGCAGGGACAUUAGAACAAUAUUUGCUGCAGAGAGGAAAUAUGAAACUCAUUCUAAGAAACUGCCUGAUUUGAAUGAAAUUAUUCUAAAUUCUCAAUUGGCCGUGUUUUUGAACAGAUUUCCCCUAAAAACUGAAGCACGAGAAAGCAUGAAUAGGUUUUUCCAACUAAUUUCUGAUAUACAGACAGAGAAAAACCAAGUUUUCCUUGAAAUAACCAAAUUACGCAAAGAUCACGAAAUAUGCAAUAAUAAAACACAUGCUUUAGAAGAAGAAAAAGAGAGAAAUCUGAAAAGGAUAGCUGAGCUUGAACAAGAUAAGGUCAAUUUGCUAGAAAAUUUAACUCAGCUGAGAAGUGAACUAGGCCAAUACUUGCAGCUAAUUUCAGACCUUGAAGACUGCAAUGGGAAAAGUUAUGAUAAAAUUUCUGACCUGCAAGAGGAAAAUAUGACACUGAAGAAGAAGGUGGACAGUAUCCAGAAAGUGAUGGCAGAAAACAUUAGGGAAGCACAGGAAGUGACUGAGCAGGUUACACAAGAAAACCAAGAGCUCAAGGCCUUGAUAGCCGACCUUAGCCUUGGUUACAAAGAUCUAAGAAAAGAUCUAGUGCCGGGAAUACAAGACAUGAUGCAAAGCCUGAAGGAAGAAAAUGAACAGCUUCUCCACAAGAUACAUGUUAUGGAAGGGAAGAUCGCGUGGGAAACAAAGGAUAUCAAACAAAUAACCGAAGAGAAUGAGCACCUAAAGGAUCACAUCCAGAAGCUGUUGGACAAAGCAAACUUGGUAGAUCAAGGAAUUCAGGUAACUGACCCUUCAGGCCAACCAACAAGAGAUGAAAGAUUGUCUUUGGAGGAAGCAUCUGUUUUUGAUAAAGGACAAGAGCAACACCCCUUUUGCAGUGAAAUGUAUCAGUUUCACCUGGACUAUAAAAGACUGAAGCCAUUUUUAGUGAAGGAGAACCCUGAGGUUUCCACUGUCAUCCAAGACCCCUCUAAUGGGUCAGAAGACAAAAGGGUAGAUUUUGAAAAAAAGAAAAAAAGGAAGAGUUUGUCUGAAUUCCACAAUCGAGCACAUGGAUCACUAGCCAUCUCUUCCCAGCUCCAAGAUAUUGAGAACAUCGCUCCAGAAGAGUCCCAGGCCAGCAGUAAGCUUCUGCACCACCAGGUAUUAACCCUGAGGUCCCAGCUCAGAGAUCAGGCUGCCUUACACAGUGAACUUCAGGCAUCACAAAGUGAAACUCGGUGCCUUCAGGGCCAGCUGAGAGAAAAGAUUGAAGAGCUCAGAAGGAUGAAAAAUGAAGUGAACUUGGCUGUGACACCUCUCAAGGCAAAAGUGGCUUCCCUGGUCCAGAAAUGCCAGGACAGAAACAACUUGGUCACCCAGCUGGUGCAGGAACUGCACAGACAUGGAAUUGAGAACCUGCAGCUCUCACAAGCAGCAAGGGCCUUGGUGGAUGAUGUUGCUGUGGGCACCUGUGCAUCUACCUUCAUGUCUUCUGACCCCAGAGAGGCAUGCUGCCAAUCAGACACCAAGUUUGAGAACACUGCGUUUGGAAGAGAUCAAACCUGUCUCCUGAGCCCAGAUACGACCAAUCGCCUCAGUGGAUAUUUCAGUUCUAACACCUCUCCUGCUGCUGACUCUGACCCAUCACUUAGGAAAACUCAUGCUGGGUUUCCAAAUUUGCCUUCUGGAGUGAUGAAUAAUCCCAGAACCUGCCAGAUUGGAGUGGAUGUGGGUGCGGGGCUGAUUUCUGAAAGCAUUCAGCAGGAAACACUUGAGAUGUGCAGCCUCUCCACCCCUCCAACCAAUGACCUCCCUCUGCCUUCGAAAGUAAUGAGCCCAGAGAGGAUCCUAGCCUUGCAUUGGGAGCUAAGCCACAGCCGCUACACUAAUUAUCAGACUCUGGCUACCCUUUCUGAGUCAGCCCUCAGUGGUUCCAGCACACAGCCCUGUCUGGUGGAGCCAUGCCAGCCCACAGAGCCCUGUUUCCCAGAGUCUUCCGCUGGUAGCUCUUUCGAGGAACACCAACAGCGAGAGCAAGGAUGCAAAUGGAGUGACCCAUCAUGUAGUCAGACAGAAAAUCAGCAUUCAGAAACUGAGCACUGGGGCAGCAGUCCCAGAAAUACCAUUAUGAAUAACACAUGGACCUCUGGAGACCAGCCAGAUGGCUCAACCUCCACGACUACAGCAGAAAGCCAUUUGUCAAAUGGGUUGUCAGCAAGUAAUAAAGGUCUAAGUCCUUUGGGGAAAGACUCAGACGUGCUGCAGAGAGCAAGAUCCCUGGCUAUAAAGCGAGAGGCUCCUGCACCGGUUGGCUCUCUGUGCAUCAUUAAAAUUGGCCAGAGGUGUUUACUGAUUGGCUGGGAAAGGCCACUGGUGGAUGAAUUGGGCUGUAGCAACGGGACUUUUGUUGCAGGAUACCGGAUCUAUAUUGAUGGAGAGUUUCAUAAGUACCUUGUGAGUUCAGCUUGUACAAAGACCCUGCUGGAGAAUCUUGACCUCUCAGUUCCCUUUAGCAUCAGUGUGCAGACUGUGGGGACUGGUGGUUUAGUUUCAGAGAAGGUGUACGUUGAAUUUAAUCAUCACGCAAACAAAGGCACUUCAUUAUCUGGAUGCAGAAUCUCCCCUGAGGAGCAAGCUCGGGAUUGCGGCUCUCCUGAGGUGAUUGGAAGCCGAAGAUUAGACCCACCAGCAUCCUGUAAUGAUGCUCAUGUUGGAGGACCAAAGAAGAUUGGAAAAAACAGCAGCUGGACAACCAGAUUCAGAAGAUUAGGCAAGUGAAUUGAUAUUGGCUGAAAGGCCAC